UUUUUUUUUUUUUACUUUUUUUUAGUUCAAGUUAUAGAAUGUUAUUGUACAAAAAGACAUCAAUACAAAUAAAAAAUGCCAACCCACCCAUUGAGGCAUUCCCUCUAAAUCACAUAAAAAUAAAAGGAUUUCACAAAACAUGUACAGUGAACAAACAUUUUAAACAUAUCCCUUAAAAAAAAAUUAUAAACAAUUGCCAUGCAAUUAAAAAUACAGACACAGUGGCUCUGUGUAUCUUUGCCACUGAUAAUGGAUGUAUUCUUUUGUCCAAGAAUAAAGACAUCCGAUAUAAAUGUCAAGCUCAGAACCCAACAUAAAGCAACCUUUGUGUUCUAUUGUAUAAUAAUAAUAAUACGUAAUUGUGUUUAAGUGUGCAUUUGUUUAGUACCUUGUGAAAUCAAUUAUUUUUAAAUAAAAAUUACAAAAUUCAAUUCGUCUUGCUUUUUUUUUUGUUUACUAAAUGUAAUAAAACUCUAUUGAUGUUAUAAGGAUUAAUUAACAUAAUUGACAAGGUUCCAUUACACUUUUACGAACACUGAUAGAAAAGGCUCCAAGCUUGGCAUCUAGGGAACAUCUCAAAAUUAGGGCUCUAAUAUAAAACGUUAAACGUAAAGAAGUAACCAUUAGAUACUUUGUGUGGUCUACAUAAUAGAAAAGAAAUCACGAAUCUACUCGUUUUUUACGAAUCCUGACAUAAAUAUCUGUGUGUAGAAAUCCAUUGACACGAUAAUGUACGCGAUACUUCCCCCCAUUUAACACUCAAAUCUGUAAUUUGCAGACGUGCCCUAGUUGUGAGUAAAGGUUGGCCUCUCUGAUUCACGGGUUUGGAAUUUGCAUCUGAAUGCUGUUUGUCGACCAAUGAUUUGACUCAACGGCAGUGUGGACACACCUCGGAUUAGUCAAAGAUGCCUCAAUGCGACCGAAUUAUCUCGUAGGUUGCAAUUAAAGCGAAUUAACGUUGUGUUACUCGGAGAUGGUGAGCCGCGAAGCUGUGUUUCAGGCCUGUAGUGUGUAAAGCGCAGCGCGUGCUGUGCGCCCUGCUCCGUUCCUCCCCGGGAAAUCAGGAACGUUUCUUCCGGUUCCCUGGAGUCCGACAAACAAAACGGAAGCUCAACUGGCUCUGAUCGAGCGAGCCACUCUGCACCAGGGGAAGCUUCUCAAGCCUGCUUCUGCUCCUCUCUCAAGCCUGCUUCUGUGUUCAGUGCUAUAGACGGCUGGGCAGCAAUCAGCAAUCUUCAGAAAAGGGGCAAAGGAAGGAGAUAUUUCGGAGCUUCCCAUUUGCCUGGAGAUGAAGCUGCAGGCAGUUAUGGAGAACUUGCACAGGCAACAGAGGGCCAGACUGCUUAUGGAGAUGGAGCAGCAGCAGCAGACUGGUUCGUUUCAGAACUCGUCCUCGACGGGUGAAGAGCUGAAGCUAAGUUCCACCUCGGACACCGAGCGCGCUCAGAUAGCAGCUCUGGCAGCUAUGAGGGCCGCAGCGGCCGGACUACAGAGACGGCCAAUGGCUGACAGUCCUAGGUCGGAGCACAGCACUGCCGGAGAGGAGGACGACGUUGAAGGAGAUGAGGAGGAGGAGGAGGAGGAGGAAGAGGGAGAGGAGCAUUACAAAGACAUGAUGGGGUCCAGCGAGGAGGAGCAAAUAAAGCAGAAGUGGGACGAGGAUGAUUUUGAGGGGGAGAUGGAGGAAGACUACGAUGAAGACAUGGCUGAGGAAGGCCUGCAGAUGAGCCGCGAGGCUGUCGCCGCGGGUCGAGGCAUCCUGCUGCUGCCUCAUCGUCAGUUCCAUCCGCAAUCUCACUUGCUGAAAGCCCGAUCAAGUCUCGAACCUGAACCGCGGGCUUCAGCUUUCUCAGCUGCGUCUUCUCAAGGCCAACAACACGGACAGGACCACACCGACUGGACCUACGAAGAGCAGUUCAGACAGCUUUACGACCUGGACAGCGAUCCCAAGAGGAAAGAGUUCCUAGAUGAUUUGUUCAGCUUCAUGCAGAAGAGAGGGACCCCAGUGAACAGAAUCCCCAUCAUGGCCAAACAGGUUUUGGAUCUGUAUAUGCUCUACCAGCUGGUGACGGAGAAGGGUGGCCUUGUGGAGGUCAUUAAUAAAAAGUUAUGGAGGGAGAUCACCAAAGGUCUGAACCUGCCCACCUCAAUCACCAGCGCUGCCUUCACUCUCAGAACACAAUACAUGAAGUACCUUUAUCCGUAUGAAUGUGAAAAGCGGGGUCUCAGCAACCCCAAUGAGCUGCAGGCUGCGAUAGACAGUAACCGGCGGGAGGGGCGGCGCCAGGCUUUCGGCAGCUCCCUUUUCUCCUACUCGCCCAACGGGGCUCCCACAAUGCUCUCCUCUCCUAAAAUCUCUAUACCCAGCAUUGGCAUGGCUGUGGGCACCAGCGAUACCCCACUUUCAUCCGUUCAAAAGGUCAAGAAGGAAGAUGAUGCUAGUGCACAGUCCGGGAGACUGCCCGGCAACCUGGCCGCUCAGUCUGUGGCAGCAGCUCAGGCAGUGGCGGUGCAGGCAGCCAUGGCGGCUCAGGUUGCAGCGCUCGAGCAGCUGAGGGAAAGGCUGGAAUCCGGCGAGCCACCCGAAAAGAAGAUAGCACUUCCUACAGAGGACCACCAGCGGCUCCUGCAGAGGGCACUACAGCAGAACCUGCUAGCCAUGACCACCCAGAUGCCCAUGAACAUCCGUAUCAACAAUCAAGAAAGCAGACCAGAUUCUGCCCUCAACCUCACAAUGAAUGGCCUGAAUAGCAUCAGCAUGUCAGUGGAACUCAACGGUGUCGUCUACACUGGUAUGCUUUUUGCUCAAGCUACCGGUUUAAACUCCUCAGGAGCAGCUAACAAGCCGGCUGGAGAUCGUAGUACCUCUCAGCAGCUUCCUUCUUCUCAGACACCUACCUCAUCCAGCUCCACCAACCCGUCACCCUAAAUACGUCACAACCUCCCUGUCACAAAGCUAGCUAAAGCCAAAUAUCAACCUCAUUUUUUUUUAGAGCCUAUGCCAAAAAGAAAAAAAAACUAGCAGGAAUAAGCAAGUUUCCAGACCACUUGACAUACACUAUCUCAGGUUCUCACUUUUUUUAUUCACUCUUUUGUUCAGUAGCCAAAAUGAACUAAAAGAUUACAGCAACAAAAGAGUCGAUGGUUAAUAUAGACCUAUAUACACUCUCUCUCUCUCUCUCUCUCUCUCUCUCUCUCUCUCUCUC